AUGUCCGGAAGAGGAAAAGGAGGAAAAGUCAAGUCGAAGGCAAAGUCCAGGUCAUCCCGAGCAGGACUCCAGUUCCCGUCGGACGUAUCCAUCGUCUGCUCCGCAAAGGUAUGCAACUAUGCCGAGCGCGUGGGUGCCGGCGCUCCCGUCUAUUUGGCGGCAGUGCUUGAGUACUUGGCCGCUGAGGUGCUCGAGUUGGCCGGAAAUGCCGCGAGAGAUAACAAGAAGAUCCGUAUUAUCCCCCGUCAUCUGCAACUCGCCAUCAGAAACGACGAGGAGUUGAAUAAACUGCUGUCCGGUGUGACCAUCGCUCAGGGAAACGUUCUAUCCAACAUUCAGGCCUUACUCCUGCCCAAGAAGACCGAGAAGAAGGCCUUCGCACCACUCAUCACAAACGGUUCAUCUUAG